AUGCGGAGUGGAAGAGGUUUUCUGUUAGUCUACUCUGUUACGGAUGAGCAAAGCUUUCACGAAGCUAAAAAGCUUUAUCAGCAAGUACUUCGUGUUAAAGAUCGUCCUGAAUAUCCAGUGCUUCUUGUAGCAAAUAAGGUUGAUCUGCUUAGUCAGAGGAAGGUUAGCGAACAGCAAGGUCGGGAACUGGCUUGCGAACUGAACAACAUUCCAUAUAUCGAAACAUCUGCUAAGGAUCCGCCUGUUAAUGUUGACUCUGCUUUUCACGAAUUGGUUUCUAUAUUAUUAGUUAUUUUUCUGAUAAAAUAUUUUAGGUUCGAAUUGUCAAGAGCUUUCCUGCUGAAGAGAAUGCUCAGAAUGUGGGAUUUCUAUUAA